GCAGAUGGGUUUCGGUGUCUGGCUGAAGACGCCUGCUGCUACCGGGGGCUUGGGAGACGACAAUGGCCAAUGGGAGCAUGUGGGUCGGGAACGCCACCAAGCAAGAGGUGUUCCGUGUCCUGGGCCGGGAGUUGCACGGCCAGUCGCGGAAGCUGGGCGAGGCGGAAGAGCCGGCGCCACAAGCGCCGACUGAGGGCAAGAAUCGCGAACCCCGACGCAAAAAGCUCCGAACUGAUGGGUGGGCAACGUCAGGCAAGGAUAAGGGCGUCGUCAAGUCUGGAAAGGGAUCUACCGACGACAAAAUACUCGUCUCGAAAAGGCUCUUGAACAACGUCCUCGCGGGAGAAGAUGGCGCCGUGAUCGCCGGAGGUGGUCGUGGCUGCGGUGGACGCGGCGGUGGACGCGGUCGUGGUAGUCCUGCGGCUCCUCGCGUGGAUGAGGACGGCGCACCUUUGACGAGCACUCGCGCGAGGUUAUCCGCCUUGCCGGUGAAUAGAUUCGCAGAAGUCGAGAUGUAUUUUACCGUAUCCGUCUCGAAACACGAGAAACCCAUGCGGGCGCUCGCUAUAUCAAAGGGAAGAUCGACCUUGUCACCCGUCAUACAGAAAAACCGACCUGAUCAAUCGGGUCGCAUUGAACAGACUUCAAUUAUGGAUCUGUUGGAAUAUAGCCAGUCCGAACACACCCUUUCGCCUGCGAGGCAGUCAGUCCUUCAAACUACCGACCUAACAGCCCUGUGCGAAAGAUCAUGGCAUUCCGACUACGGCACCGAAUCCUCAGCUCCCGGCCUUCAAGUCCUGACAGGCCUGUGCUGUGUCUUCGAGUUUCCCAACGACCACGAUGAGACUGCGGCUCCCGCGCCGGUCGUAGCGGUCCUCGCCCUGGUAGUCAUGUGGAUGACGACGGCGGUGGGCUCGGGUUCGAUUGCCAAAGGAACGAGGACCCCGUCGUCGACUACUACAUUCGCUAAUUUUGAGAAGGAGUAG